GACACCGGGGGGACACGGGCGGUCCGUCCAGGCCCGGCCCCCGGGCGGGCGGAUCCGGGGCGGAGCGGAGGGACCGGCCGGGCCGGACCCAGCGCAGCCGCUUGCUCUUCUCCCCCCUCCACCGACGUCCCCAGCACGUCCCCCCCCGACGGCCACGAUGAAAACCUGGCUCAGUGAUUCGGGGCAGAAACUGGAGAUUUUCAUCCCUUUUUUGGGCAAAUAUCGGCCCUUGGCGGGGCGUUGCUGCCAGACCUGCACCCCCAAGAGCUGGGACAAUUUCUACCAGACGAAUUUCUCAUCCCUCGGUUUCCGCGACGCCAUCCGGCUGACCGAGGAGGACACGCGGUACCGGGGCUGGCUGGUGCGCAGGGUGUGCGGGAUCCUGGUGCUUUGGGGCCAGGAUGUCCCCGACACCCCCAGGGACCUGGCGACCAGGAUCUGCCGCAGGCUGCGCAGUGUGUCCCAGGGAUCCGGAGGGGCCAGCGAAUCCCAGCGGCGCUGCAAGGAGGAGAUCCAGCGGAUCCUGGCGGGGAUCCAGGCCCCGCUCGCACGGCCCCUGCUCAGAUUUUGCGCCUGGGUUCUGCUCAAGCUGCUGAGCCGCCUGUUCCUGAGCGUCCAGCUCCACCGCGGGCAGCUGGCGACGGUGCAGGGGGCGGCCAGGACGCCCGACGUGCCGCUGCUUUUCCUGUGCGCCCACAAGUCGCCGCUGGACGCGCCGCUGCUGGCGCUGCUGCUGUUCUCGCAGGGACUCGGGGCGCCCCGGGUGGCACUGGGGGGGGACACCUGCACCCCCCUGCUGCGGUCUCUGCUCGCCCGCCUCGGGGGGGUUUUCCUGCCGCCGCGGGACGAGGCCGAGGGGCUGGCGGGGGCCGUGCUGGCCGCGUUCGUGGCGGACCUGCUGCGCAGCCGGCAGCCGCUGCUGCUGUUCCUGGAGGAGCCCGCGCUGCCCCGGGUCCUAGCGCCCGCCGCCCGGCGCUGGCUGCGCCCCGUGUGCCGCGCCCUGAGCCAGCGUGCCGUGCGCGACGUGACCGUGGUGCCCGUGGGGAUCGCCUACGAUAUCACCCCCGGGGACACGCGGGGGGACACACCGGUGAGGGGACAGCACCCAAAGCGGGGGACGGCACCCAAAUGGGGGGACGCCCCACGGUGGUCCGCUGGUCCGGAGACCGAAGAGGAGACACUGGUGACGCGGCUGGGCCUGCACGCGCUGAGUGACACCAUCUCCUGUUCCGCUGUCACAGCCGUGGGGAUCACAUCUGCGCUGCUGCUGCACAAGCACCGUGGGGCGGUGCUGCUGUCGCGGCUGCUGCGGGACUUCGGGUGGCUGCUGGAGGAGAUCCUGCUGCGCCAGCACGACGUCGGCUUCUCGGGGCAGCUGCGGGCGCUGGUGCGGCACAGCCUGGCGCUGCUGUCCCCUCGUGUCACCCUGCUCCGCCUGGCGCCGCGCGGGGACGCGCUGGUGCUGCCCGCGGGCUCGGCCGAGGCGCAGGGGGAGCUGCGCCGGCUCAGCGCCGCCGUGCUGCCCGUGUUCGCCUGCGAGGCCGUGGGAGCCUGUGCCAUCCGCGCGCUGCUGCUGGAGCUGCUGCCGUUCCUGGGGUCCAGCGCCGGGCGCCCCGGGAUCGUGCUGAGCCAGGACGAGCUGCAGCGCAAGACGCUGGAGCUGCUGCGGCUGCUGCCCCCGAACCUGCUGGGGCUGCAGCCCUGCCAGCCCCCUGAGCGCCGCAGCCACGACGUCCUGGACAAGCUGCUCCUGUGCGGGCUGCUGGAGGUCGAGGAGCCCGAGGGCGAGCGCUGGGCCUGCGACGUGUCCCGGCGGCCCUGGGCCAGGAUGGAUUUCAGCGACAGCGACAGCGACGGCGCCGACGAGCUCCCCAAACGCUGCUUCAAGCUCAGCGAGCCCCAGGGCUGCCCUGGCUUCCUCCUCUUCCUCUGCCGCCUCCUCAGCCCCGUCCUGGGGACAUUCGCCCGCGCGGUGACGUUCCUGGAGCGGCCACAGUGGCCCCAGCCCGAGGCGGUUUGUUUGGAGGCGCUGCUGCAGUUCCUGGCCGAGGGGGACGAUGUCGAGCCCCCCAGCCGCAGCGCGGCCCUCAGCGCGCUCCAGACCUUCAAGGACAUGGGGGUGCUGGAGGAGCUGAGGGGUCCCGCGGGGCCGCAGCUCCAGCUCACCCAGCCGUUCCGCAGCACCGCGGCGCGCGCGGAGCUGGAGACCUUCGUGCGGCAGUUCCUGCAGAUGUGACACGCGCCAGGGGUGACAAUAAAUUGAGGG